AUGCUUUCUCAAGAUUCAGACGUUCCAGUUAUCAAACGUCUUAAAUUAAAUUUUUCCUCUUCCUCAGCUGCAGAUCAAGCUUGGAGUAUUGUCAAUCCCACUGAGCUCAAUGCCCAACUUCCUGAUGAGUUAAGUGAUGUGACAGAGUCUCCCAAUUCAGACAGUUUUGGAAAUACAAAUGGGAGCUAUAUGGAUUCUUACAUGCCUAACAACAGCUUAACAUCCUUCAACACUACAUACAAUAUUCAUGCCACGAGUUCAGCUACUAAUAAUAAUGCUUCCAGCACACUAACAAUUUCAAAUGGCAAGCAGGUGACAAAUUCUUAUGAAUACUAUCAGCAGAAUCAAAAUUUUAUUCAACCACAACAUAAUUCUGCUGGGAUUUUUGCAGAAAGUUUUAGAACAGUUUCAUCAGCAGCUAACUCCAAACUAGUGACCAAUGGCGUUGGCUCUGAUAACAGUAAUAUUGAAUUUAAUAGCAACUCUAACAUAGCUAGUUACGCCUGUAACAAUAUUGUCAUUAACAACACUAGUCACGUUACUCAUGCUUAUCCUCCCAACGUUAUCAUCCUGCCUGAAUCUCAGCACCAACCACCACUCAACAACAACUAUUCAAAUCUCAUAAACGAAACCAGCACAGUUACCGUGAAGGAAGACGAUAAAGAUCUCUUAAACAACGAGUCCUUAGUUCAUCAGGGCCUGUGGAGUAGAACCACGCAAGGACAAGAUGAGACUAAAAGACGACUGAUACAGCAACAGCUUGUGUUACUGUUGCAUGCUCAUAAGUGCAAGAAACGUGAAGAGAGUAACAACAAUUUUCUAGAAACUUCAUCAAUAGGCUCAGCAGAGAAUCUAGACCAUAAUGUUUGUUCUAUACCUCACUGUAAAACUAUGAAGAACAUCAUUGUUCAUAUGGUUGAUUGCCGAUUGGGAAAGUUCUGUAAAACGGCCCAUUGUGCAUCCAGUCAGCAGAUAUUGCACCACUGGAAGAUAUGCAACAAUAUGAAUUGUUCUGUUUGUUCCCCACUCAAAUUAAUAUGCGAAAAAAAGUCAACAGCUGCCUCAACAUCUACCACUGCACUCGCAAACAAUUUCAUAAUCUCCAGCAACUCGCAUACUCAUACUUUUCCUUCGGCAACAUCUAGUUUUAUUACAUCUGAUAAUUCGUUAAGUUACGGUAGCCUGAUAGCAAAUGAGAGAACAUCUAACACUUCCAACGUGUUAGUAUGCACUGCUGCAACAUUGUCACAACAAUCUUCUUCAUCUCUAUCUCCCGUUACUGUCAACAAAACUCAGGUCUUGAAUCACUUGCAACAACUACACCAUCAGCUGCAGAAGCAGCACGAAAUGCAACAGCAACAACAAUUGUUGUUACAGCAACAACAGCCACAACCAGUUGCUCCAGUCACAAAAGCACAAGAUUCAAAACAAGAUUAUAAUGAUUCUUUUGGUGAGCAGCAUCAACAGCAAUUCUUUAUUCAAGUUUCUAAAGAACAAGAUUUGAAACAAGAUACUAAUAACUUUUGCAAUGAACAACUACUUGGUGAUCACAGUCAACAACAGGAAUCUGUUCAGUCACUGCCACGUGAAUCAUUACCAUCAUGUCAAUCAAAAAACACACCACUGAUGAAUGGAAAUGCUCCUAAUCAAACUGAUACUCCUAGAUCAGCUGAUUGGCGGGAAAAUGUCACUUCAAAUCUGAGGAGUAUUCUCAUUCACAAAUUAGUAAAAGCCAUUUUUCCUCAAUGUAACGAAAUGUCAUUGAAGGACAGAAGAUUGUUGAGCCUGAUGCACUAUGCAACAAAAGUUGAGAGUGACAUGUUUGACAUUGCUCUAAAUAUGAAUGACUACCUCCAAUUAUUGGCUGUGAAAACAAGCAAAAUACAGAAAGAUUUAGAUGAGAAAAGAUCUAAACAAUUAUCUGAUGGUCACAAUGUUGAGGAGGCUACUUUGAAGAGCUCUUCAUCUGCUAGCCUUCUAAGUGUUUCCUGUACAUUCCCCUCUGAUGUUACUGGCAAGCCAUCAUCAUUUCCAUCUGUUACAUCUACUGUGAAGCCAUCUCUAGCCUCACUAGCUUACUCUGUUUCAAGUGUUUCUACUCAUCUGACACAUGCAACAAUGACUGCUACAACAACUUCAACAAGUCAACUGUUUCACCAGGCUGAGUCAAAUGGAAGUUCAAUGGAUGUUGAGUUUGGCGGACCACCUUGCACAUACAUGCUUCAACCAAAUGAGUUUACAGGAGACAGCAGUGAUAAUUCACCUGAACUAUUGUAUGCAACAAACAUGAUGAACACUCAGGACAAUAAUAUUUCUAGUCAAAUAAUACAUAAAACCAGCAACAGCAAGCCACUCCUCCUAGCCAAUGAAAGUUCUUCUGAAAAUUUUAAUCAUAAUACGUCUGCAUUGGUUAAGAUGGGUAACAAAAACAACAGCUCGAUACUGUUUGCUGAUUUGAGUGCUGUUAAAAAUGAAAGCAAUGAUAUUGAUAACAAACUUGAAGUUAAGUUGAAAAAUGAAGAUAAGAAUGGAACUCUGGUGAAGUCAACAAGCCCAACUGAUGUGAAGGAUGGUCUUGAUUACACUAAAAAAGUGUUGACAGGUACAGAAUUGAGAUGUAUUCUGAUGCCAGUUUUGGAACAGUUGUACAGAUGUGAGCCAGAGUCCUUUCCCUUUAGAAAACCUGUUGACCCACUUGGAGAGGGCAUACCAGAUUACUUUGAUGUCAUAAAGAAGCCUAUGGACCUGUCAACUAUAAAGAAAAAAUUGGAUGCGGGUUUCUACAGUGAUCCGUGGGUUUUCAUUGAUGAUGUCUGGCAGAUGUUUGAGAAUGCAUGGACUUACAACAAGAAAGGCACUAAAGUUCACAAGUACUCCACUAAGCUGUCUGAAAUAUUUGACCACGAAAUUGACAACAUGAUGAAAUCAUUGGGCUACUGCUGUGGCCACAAACACAUCUUCAGUCCCAUAGUCCUUAUCUGCUAUGGCAAGCACAUGUGCACCAUACCCGUCAACACUUACUAUUAUACAUACCAAAAUAGGUUUUCCUAUUGUGAGAAAUGUUUCAAUGACAUUAGGACUGAUUAUAUUGAGUUAAAUGAAGAUGCUAGUCAAGCGCCGACUCGCCUGCUGAAAACUCUCUUCCUCAAAAUGAAAAAUGGAGAAUUUGAUUACGAACCGUUAGUAGCCUGCAGUAUUUGCAACAACAAGCACCACAACAUCUGCGUCAUGCACAUGGAUCAGAUCUCCAGUAGCAACAGAUUCGUCUGUUCUAUUUGCACAAAAAGUCAGAACUUGAAGAAAAAAGAAAAUAAAUUUACCGCUAAAAGAGAAUAUUAUAUUUGUAAAAUUCUAGGACUUCCACAAACGAAGUUAGGUUCUUAUCUGGAGUUGCGUGUGAACUCAUUUCUGAAGAGGAAGGAUGCAGGCAUGAGGAGGAAGUUUUGCAAUGAUGAAAGCAAAGAGAUGGAGAAGAGUUUUCCUUACAUAGCCAAGGCCAUAUUUGCUUUUAUGGAUGUAGAUGGAGUGGAUGUCUGCUUCUUUGGCAUGCACGUCCAAGAAUAUGCCUCAUCUGUUCAGCCCAAUUCUCGACGUGUUUACUUAGCAUACAUGGACAGUGUCAACUUCUUCAGACCAAAGCAUCUAAGAACAUCUGUCUAUCAUGAAUUGCUUAUAGGGUACUUGGAUUAUGCUAAAAAUCUUGGUUACAUGUACGCGCAUAUAUGGGCGUGCCCUCCGAGCGAUGGGGAUGAUUACAUAUUCAACUGCCAUCCACCUGACAUGAAAAUUCCGAAACCAAAACGACUGCAGGAGUGGUACAAGAAGAUGUUGAACAAGGCUGUCAAUGAUCAAGUCAUACAUGAUUACAAGGAUCUCUUGAAGGAUGUGAUAGAGAAAAAUUUACAAAGUGUGACGGAAAUACCUUACUUUGAAGGUGACUACUGGCCCAAUGUUUUGGAGGAAUGUAUCAAAGAACUGGAUGAGGAAGAGAAGAAGAGGAAGGCAUUGGAGGAGGCAGAUGAAGAUGACAUGGCUGAUGAUGACACUAAUGAUGAACACGGCCUAAGAAGGAAAGGACAAAAAGGACCAUCAUCUUCAUCAUUGAGCAACAAAGGCAGCAACAAUAGUAAUGGCAAUUUACACGGCACUGGUGGAGCAGCGUUGAAGAGGAAACAGACGAAGCACAAACACGGGCCACAGCGUAAAGGUGGCAAGAAGGACUCACAAUUGACUACAGUCUGCAGCUUAACUGCUCGAUUACUCAUUGCUAUUGAGAAACUGAAAGAGGGCUUCUUCGUUGUAACACUGCAAGAUCCAGACAAGGUGACAGUGAACAGCUUGCAUCCAAUCAAGGAUCCGGAUCAGUUGGUACUCAAUGAUUUGAUGGAUGGUCGAGAUUCCUUCCUGGCACUGGCCAGGGAGAAGCAUUACGAGUUUUCGUCAUUGAGGCGAGCCAAGUACUCAACUAUGGCCAUGUUGUAUGAGUUGCACACCCAAGGCAAGGAUAACUUCGUUUAUACCUGCAACAUCUGCAAGGCUGCCGUCGAAACACAUUACCAUUGUGAAGUUUGCAACGAUUUUGACCUUUGUGUACCCUGCUACCAACAAGAAGGACAUCACCACAAAAUGGAAAAGUUGGGUGGUUUCGAUCUCAAUGAGAACCAGUUGUCAAACUCGACAUCAUCAACAGACCAGGAAGGUCCUCGAGAUGUUCGCAAGGUGGCAAUUGAUAGGUGCAUAACUGCUCUGGUCCAUGCUUGUCAGUGUCGUGAUGCUAACUGUCGACUCAACAGCUGCUACAAAAUGAAGCGAAUCAUGAAUCAUAUGAAGAUAUGCAAAAGGAAGAAUAAUAGAGGUUGUUCCAUAUGUAGACAGUUGAUUGCUCUGUGCUGCUACCAUGCAAAACAUUGCCAGGAGAACAAAUGCCUUGUACCCCUUUGUGCUCCCAUUAAACAAAAACUUCAGUUGCAGAAGAGUGUUCAGGCUCAGAUGAUGAGAAGAAGAAUGGCUGCACUGACUCAAAGUGGGACAGAAAAUGAUUCUAAUGUUGAUAAUGCUAAUGAGAGUAACGGUUAUAUGGAAAGUGAAAACAACAAAAUGGAUGUUGAUGAAGAGAGAUAUGAUCAAUAUGUUCAAAAUGGUCAGGACAGAAGUAAGUUGGGAUUGCUUUGUGGGCAAUCACUGAAGUUGUCUUCUUUGAAUACAAACGACAAUGAAAUCAUAUAUAAUCAAAAGAUGAUGGUUCAGUCUAAUUCAAUAUCAGCUCCACUGUCGUCAACAUCAGCUUUGCCAACAACAUCAUCAUCAUCAACAACUGUAACGUUCACUUCUAGAUCAUCUCAACCUGUCAUCAUAUCAUUGCACUCAUCACUCACAAAUCUUUCAACCACCAAGCCAUCAACUUCCAACCUGAAAAGAGGUUUUCAGUGCAUAUCAACUACAUCAUCUCUGUUAUCGCAGUUGGUUGCCUCGCCUAUCUCAAACUCAUCAGCAGGUCACUUACAGGUUAAUAAUAGUAACUCUAACUCACUGCUAACCACGUUAUUGGCUAAUAAAAAUGACGAUGAUGUCAUGUCGACAACAUUUCAUCAGAAUUAUAGCAGCAGUCAAAAUAUGCUGUCAGCAUUACUGUCAUCUCCACUGAACAAUGGCAUCAGCAACAACAAUGACAACAGUCUGAAUGAAAGACUUAAGUACAUAAAUGCUGCGAAUCAAUUUAAUGACUCUUCUCUUAAUGUUAACAAUGAUAACAUUAACAACAUUAGCCACAUUAGUUAUUCCGAGGAUAAUAAUAAUAUUAAUAAUAAUAAUAAUAAUCUUAUUAAUAACAGUAUUAAUAACAAUUUUACCUAUAUUACUAACAACAACAAUAGCUCGAAUAGCAAUAUUGAUAGCAGCAACAAUAACAACCUUCUGAACGUUGGAAACCUCAGCAACAGUUUGUUACUCAUAAACACAGGUGAUGGUUACAAGAUCCUUACAAACGCAUUCAAUCAGCAAUUAGAUAAUUCAUCAAUUGCUCUUGCAAAUGACAUCAACAACAAAAAACUCAGCAUUAUUAGUAACAGUAAUUGCGCUAAUAACAAUAGUUGUAAUAAUAAUAAUGACGUUGUCAAUGUUAACAACAGUUAUAUCGAUUUAUUAAAUUAUAAUAAUGUUAAUACACCAAAAAAUAAUUUAAUCAACGUUAAUGGGAUUAAACUCAUAGAUGAUGAGGCAACAGGUCAGCCAAAAGUUUUCUUGCAAACAAUUCUGCCGACAAAUUCCAAUGUUUUACUUUCUCAACAAUCAGACUCAACAUGUUCACAAAUGCAACAUCUGAUUGAACAACAAAGUCUUCAGUUUCUCCAACAGCAAAAAUCACAAGCAGCUGAUCACCACCAGCAACAACUUUUUAAAGCUCAACAAGUUUUACAAAUUUCUCAACAAUUUUCUAGGGAUGAACUUUGUAAAACAGACAAUUUGUUGAUCACGCCUGUUCAACAGCUUCUUCAAAAUCAACCUCAGCAACCACAGCAGCAGCAACAGGUGUAUGAGCUGCAUGAAUCAGUGAAACAAUGUGUGCUGCAAAAGCAGAUGAAUCAAAAAAAUUCACAACAAAUAAUAAAAUUUGUCAGCUCAAAUGUCAUUCCUAAUCAAGUACAACAACUAGCAACUAAUAAACUUGAAAAGUCAAUCAAACAGUCACCACAACAGCAAGCUUCGUCAGAAAUGACUAAUUUUUCAGUUUCAACUCUGCAGUCACAAUCAACAACAACAUCAGCAGGUGCAAUGGUUUCUGAAUAUCUGCCAACAACCUCAAUCCCAAAAGCAGGUGGUUUAUUGACGAAUCUUCAGAAACUUUUAAGCACAAAUCCUUCUCAAAAGUAUCAACGUUUUCUCAAGAUGGUCAAAAGUGAUCCAAUAAAGAUGGCUAGUUUCAUAAAACAGAAGCAGUUGGCAUUGCAACAACUACAGCAGCAAAAUUUAAAGGUAGCAUCUUCAUCAUCAGUCUCAUCAGCACUAAUGCCCUCUUUAUCAUCACCAGAAACAACAUCACUAACUGAUGCAAGCACACCACAAGUUCCUCUUCAGCAAGUUGCAAUAAUUGGACAGCAACAACAACUGCAGCUGCAAAAUAACAAGUCACAAAUACACAUUGUGAAGUUGCCUCAACAAAGCCAACAGCAACAACAACAACAACCACAGCAACAACAGCUGCAACUACAACAGCCUCAACAACAGCAGCAGCAGCAAGUUGCUCCAAUAAUGGUAGCUCUCAGACCUCAGGAAUCGAAUAAGCUGACCAAGCAGCCAACACCUGUCUCCUUUGCCUUGAUGAUUUCUGAAAGUGCAUUAUUAAGCCAGCCAGCUCAAACUUACAUUAACACUGUUGAUGUACUAAGCAAACCCAAGCCUCAAUUUCAACAACAACGAAAACAACAGCCCAAUGAACAACAAUCAAAUGAUCAACAGCAGCAACAUAAGCAGCAGGAUCAUCAAAAGACACCCAACUUUAACAUUGGAUCUGCCACUAUACAUAUUAAUAAUCUGAUUGCUUUUGAUAAUAACAUUAACAUUAACAACACGUUUAAUGUUACAAAUAACGUCAACUCAACUAGUGGGAAUAACACUACCAACAACUCACCAAACUCCCACUAUCAAACCUCUCCUGCUGCCAAUAUGUUCAAACACAAAUUUGGCAACAACAUGCCGCAGCUGACAGGCCCAAAGACUGUUACGAGUCAAGGUCGAGUUUCAACAAAUUCGCAAGAAACACUCAAUGCUUUGGUCAGCUUGCUCGCAUCCAACAACAAAACAACUCUUACAUUGCCAUCAACUGCAUCGUCGUCGCCAUCACCUUCGUCAUCGGUCAAUAAUACAUUAUCUGCUCUCAAUGAUGUUAGUCCUGCUGCUCAACUUGUUCAAAAACAACAGCAGUCUCAAAAGAUGCUCUUGAAUAUCUCAUCUGAUUCUCUUUCACAACCACAACAACAACUGCAGCAACAGCAGCAACCCCAAAAGGUGUUUUUUAACAUUUCAUCAGAUCAACAACAUUCUCAAAAAAUAUUUCUCAACAUCUCAUCUGAUCAACAACUACAACAGCAACAAUUACUGCAACAACCUCAAAAGUUUUUCUUAAACAUUUCAUCUGAUCAACAGCUACAGCAACUGCAACAACCUCAAAAAGUGUUUUUCAACGUUUCUUCCGAUUCCCUAUCUCAUCAGCAACAACAACAACAGUUGCAACAGCCACAAAAGAUGUUUUUCAACAUUUCAUCUGACUCUCUUCCACAUCAAAAACAUCUUCCACAGCGACUGCAACAGCAGAAAAUUAUAUUACAAUCAGGCGCCCAGCAGUUACAGAAUGUAAACCUACUUCUAGCAAAUGUUGAUCCUCACAACCAGGAACAACAAAGCCAACAGCAGUUGAAGAUUGUAAACAUUAAUCAGUUGUCUAACAAAGCAUUACAAAAUAUUCAGCUAUUAAAUCAGCAGCAGCUGCAGCAGGACAGAUUGUUAUCAUCUGGACAACAGCAGCAACAAGCUCAACAAUUUCCAAAGCAGUUUUUGCUAUUCCAACCAUCUCAAAACAACAACACAUCCAUAAAUAAUCUACCAACAUCUCUUACUGUUGCUACUCUAGAUGGUAUAGGAAUACCAGAAAAAGCUUUUUUGUUCUAUCAUGCUUAA